CGGGGCCAGCACACACUGUCACGGGGAGGCGGGGUUUGCUUGGAACCUACAUCUGCGGUUGCGCAAUAGCCGCUCAACCUGAGAGACGGAGAGAGACCCCACACACUGAGCGGCCGAGACACAGACACUCACAGAGCGCGGGUCUGAGGCACUGAGAGCCGCACUGAGGGACUGACUGACUGACUGACUGAGGGACACAGUCGACACACAGAGGCGGCAGCGGGAGGCCACAGAGAGGCGGGACCGGCGAUGGGCUCCCGGGCGUCCUGCCUGCUCCGGGAGGAGGAGAUCGAGGAGAUCAAGAAGGAGACGGGCUUCUCUCACAGCCAGAUUACCCGGCUCUUUAGCAGGUUCACCAGCCUGGACAAGAGCGAAAAUGGGGCUCUCAGCCGGGAAGAUUUUCAGCGAAUCCCAGAGCUGGCCAUUAACCCUCUGGGUGACCGCAUCAUUAACGCUUUUUUCCCUGAAAGCGAGGAUCAGGUGAACUUCCGGGGCUUUAUGCGGACACUGGCCCAUUUCCGGCCCAUUGAGGACAACGAGAAGUCGAAAGACCCCAGGGAACCCGAGCCCCUCAACAGCCGCAACAACAAGCUGCUCUUUGCUUUCAGACUGUAUGAUCUUGACAAGGAUGACAAGAUUUCCCGGGAGGAGUUGCUACAGGUACUUCGGAUGAUGGUUGGAGUGAACAUCUCUGAUGAGCAGCUGGGCAGCAUCGCCGACCGCACUAUUCAGGAGGCCGACCAGGACGGGGACUCCUCUAUCUCCUUCACCGAGUUCCAGAAGGUUCUGGAGAAAGUCGAUGUUGAGCAGAAGAUGAGCAUCCGUUUUCUUCACUGAGAUUCUCUCCUCACCAGCACCCCCCACUCGCACACUGCGUACAUCCCCCCCCCCCCCCCCGUCUCCGCUGGAGGCUGCCGGGACCUGGAACUGUGUGUGGAGGGAGCUGUUGCCUCUCCCCUUUGCGCUGGGCUGGGCUGCUUUACCUCCCCUAUCUGGCCCAAGCCAACCUCUCUCUUCCCCCCCCCCCACCACCGCCCCCUCCGGCGGGUC